AUGCACACAUCUGGGGUGAGCUAUUGUGAUUCGGAAAUCCAAUUAGAUGAAAUUCAAGAUAAUAAGUCCUCCUUGGUGGCUCAAGAGCUUUUGUCCAAUAUUGAAAUGUUGGAGUCCAGUGUGUCAAAGCUUGAAGAGGAGUUGAUCUCAUUGCAUUUCCAACUUAGUCAGGAAAGAAAUGAACGGAGACUUGCAGAAUAUCACUGGAGACGUUCAAAAUGCCAGUCACUGGGCAGUUGCCCUGACAUUACGAAGGCACCGGAAGCAGUUGAGACGGCUGUGUUUCUUCAAGAGAAAAAAGUAUUAGUGAAGUUGGAUGCCAGCUAUUGUAAACCUGUACAUUCUGGACGGUUUACGAGAGAGGUGCAACCUAGAGGUCUCUGGGAUCACCCUUGUAAACUAUCAGAAGAGAUGGUCCGCUGCAUGAAAAAUAUCUUCAUCUCUUUGGCGGAUUCUACUAUACCAUCCAAAUCAUCUACAUCGGGGAGCCACAGUUCAUCCUUGUCUCCGCGUGGACAUCUUUCCAAUAUGUCUACAGGGUCAAUAUCUGAGCGCUCAACGAUUUCAUCAUGUGUGCAGAGUCCACAAAUUGAUUUACAGUGUGAUACUGAGGUGUUAGCUGCAGAGGACACUGUUGAUCCCUAUAGAGUACGUGGUAAAUUAAGUUGGACAGAUAUUGGAAGCUAUGGAUCAGCAACUGAGGUUUCUUGGAUGUCAGUUGGGAAGAAGCAACUAGAAUACGCUGCAGGGGCACUACGUAAGUUCAGAACACUUGUUGAGCAACUGGCCCAAGUAAAUCCUAAUCACCUGAGCAGCAGUGAGAAGCUGGCUUUUUGGAUCAACUUAUAUAAUGCACUGAUAAUGCAUGCUUACUUGGCAUAUGGAGUCCCAAAAAGUGACUUGAAGCUGUUUUCUUUGAUGCAAAAGGUAUGGUUUCUAACAUUUGAUGCUCAAUUUUCCAUGUUCUUUCAAUGUGUUAAAAUGUCACUCAGGCACAUGAUUGUGACUGUCCUCUGCCUAUCUGGGUUGUCUCACCCAUCUAUAAGACCUGACAAAAAGGACACAUAUUGGGCACACCAGCAUUUUUUCAGGAAUAGAUGGGUUCUAAAGUUAAAAUAUCCAAACUUUGGAUUCAAAAAAGAAAAAGAAGGGCAUGGCCACAAAUUGCAUGAGAAUGAGGUUGCUAUUUUUAAAGGUGAGAAGGGUGAUGUAGUGGGGGCCCAAUCAGAGGCAGCAUACACAGUUGGAGGGCAUUCUUUCAGUGCCGCUGUUAUUGAAUACGUAAUUUUGAAGAUGAAACCACCAGUCCAUAGACCACAAAUCGCUCUGCUUUUGGCACUGCACAAGCUAAAGGUGUCUGAUGAGCAAAAAGAUCUUGCUGUCAAUUCCUUUGAACCGCUUGUAGUUUGCGCUCUAAGCUGUGGAAUGUACUCGUCACCUGCGAUAAGGAUUUAUACAGCUAAGAAUGUGAAGGACGAGCUCCAGGAAGCUCAGCGUGAUUUUAUUCGAGCUUCAGUAGGGGUUAGCAGCAAAGGGAAGCUUUUGGUACCAAAAAUGAUACACAGCUUUGCCAAAGGAUUUGUAGAUGAUGAAAAGUUGGCUGUAUGGAUAUCACAUUACCUUCCAUCCCAACAAGCUGCCUUUGUUGAAAAAUGCAUGUCGAAGAGGCGGCAAAGCAUCCUCAGUUCCCGCAAUUGUGGCAUUGUUCCCUUUGAUUCUCGAUUCCGAUACCUGUUUCUGCCUGAAAAAAGUUUACCUUGUUAA